AAUGGCGGCUCCCACUCGUGCUCCAGAGUCCCCGCCGGCCGCGAAUCCGGCUCUCGUGGCGGGUCCUGCCGAGGAAGCUGAGUGCCUGCCGGCUCGCCAGCCUCAGCCCCCGCAGAAUGUGCUCGCUGGCUCGCGGCUUCGAGCCCCAAGCUCCCGAGGACUUGAGGCAGCGGAGUUUGGCAGAGCUGCGGGAGAUGUUGAAGCGCCAGGAGAGACUUUUGCGCAACGAAAAAUUCAUUUGCAAAUUGCCCGACAAAGGUAAAAAGAUCUUUGACUCUGUUGCCAAACUGAAAGCUGUCAUUGCAGAUUGUGAAGAGGUGAGAGGAAAGAGUGAGCUGUUUCAUCCUGUUAGAGUAGACUGUAAGCCAAGGCAAAAAGCCAUUGCAGGAGCUGAUGUGGACACAGAUAAGGUCCAGAAUUCUGACCAGAUUCUUGAUACUUCAUCACUAGUUCCUGGCUGUUCCUCUGAAAAUAACAUCAAGUCAUCUAAAACAACCUCACAAAAACAGGGACUUGAACAUCCUACCCACAAAGGCAAUGAAGAGACUCCAGAGGCUGAGGACACAGUGAACAAGGGCCCAGCGUCCAGCAGCAGAGCCAGGGUGCCUUCUUCAUCCAAAGCUAGUGAGUGUCUCCCUCAGCAUUGUUUUUCAAGUCAAGCAGAAGAUAUUUCCAGCAGCUUUGACAACCUGUUUAUUGACAAGUUACAAAGGGUCACAAUUACAGACCAAGGUGAACACCACUCAGAAGAGAACACAAGUGCUGAAAACUUGACAGGCCUUUGUAGUGGAACUCAGAGGAAGCCUCAUUACAUGGAAGUGCUAGAAACGCGAGCCAAAAACCCAGUGCCCUCACCACAUAAAUUUAAAACCAAUGUAUUACCUUCACAACCAAGUGGUUCAUCUAGUCAUUUUCAGAAGAGAGAGACUCCUAUUUCCUCUGAAGAGCGGCUGCGCAGGGAUAAGCAGCAUCUCGAUGACAUCACAGCAGCUCGCCUUCUACCACUUCACCAUAUGCCUGCACAGCUACUCUCCAUAGAUGAAUCUCUGGCACUUCAGAAACAGCAGAAACAGAAUUAUGAGGAGAUGCAAGCGAAGCUCGCAGCACAAAAAUUAGCUGCAAGACUGAAUAUUAAAAUGCAGAGUUAUAAUCCAGAAGGGGAAUCUUCAGGGAAAUACCGAGAAGUACGAGAUGAAGAUGAUGACCAGUCCUCUGAUGAUGAAUUCUGAAGAUGAGCAUUGGGAUAAUCUCCUAAAUGUCCUACUGUUGAGAUGUCGUUAUCUUACAUCAGACUUUCUAGCAAGUAUCAAGAUCAGUGUCAGACAUUGUUGAGGGAAAAAAUUUUAUAAAGUUACACAGAGGUAGCUAUAAAAAAAGCUCAGUUUGUCUUUCAAAAGAUGACUUUCAUGUGCUUGAAAAGUUUAAUAUUUGAAUAUUGUGUUUAAUCACAUUGUAUUAAAGUUUUGCAUUCUGUCAUGUGUUGAUCCAAUAUUUUCGUAUGUAGUAGAACACAUUAGUUUCUUUAAGCCAAAUGAAAGGUAACUUUGCCUUUUUCCUUAUUCCUCUGUUAAAUAGCAUUUAUUACAUGUUUUUCAGUGAAUACUUAGUUGUCCCAGGAACCUAAAAUUAAUUAGGAAGACAUAGUUUCUUCCUUUUUUGAGUAAUGAAGGGAGCAGUCUAGAGAAUUGUAUGCAUGUUUGCAUGGGGUUAUUGAGCUACUGGAUGUGAAAUACCUAGGAAGACACUGAUAGAAAAUGCUUGUUUCCUUCUCUGUCUUCCCUUAGGAAGACAAAUGUUUGUUUUCUUCUUCUGUCUUCCCUUAGGAAGGAUGUUAUCUUCUGACUAGGAAUAAGGAGUAUUUUGAGUAGAUGCUGGCGGGUGGAGGGUGGAGGGUCUUUCUAGCUGAGCUGCUUUGCCCAGAGUAACAUGAGGUAUAGGAACAGUCCAAGCUGACUGAACUAGGUGACAGGAGUAACUGUUCUUGUGCUUCACCUGACUUGAGGUCAUUGUUCUCACAGGUGAUAGGUACAUACACAGGACUUUAGAUCUAUUUUUUUUUCUUUACAAAUUACAAUUGAAUUGUUGUCAGUAUGUUGCUUUUUUUCUCCCAGAGGCAUAGGUUGUAGAAACCUCAAUCUCAUAUCUGUUCAGUUUCAUGUCUUUUUAAAGGAUUAUAUGGUUGUCUCUAGAGAAAUUAACACUUAAUGUUAUCAAAAAAUUAUUUGUCUAUUAUGUUUGAGCCUUUAAAAGUGUUGAAAGGAAGAAUAAAAUAGUAAUGAUAGCAACUUCAAAUGCUAAUGGUGAUGUUUUACUGGUGCUUAAUUAAAUCUAACUUCUUACUUUAAAAGAAAGUGUUCAUAUAUGAAAUUUGGUUGAAGAUGCAUUUAGGGUAGAUGUAUGUGUGAUAGGAACGGUUUAGUUCUAUAUCACGUGCUUCCAGUUGUGGUUACUGCUUUCCAUCCCUCCACCCCCUAAAAAAGUAAAUGUAAAAAUACUGAGCUAACACUCUCAUUAUUUUUGUUUUUAAAACUAAUAGUAAAUUAUUUUACAAGAUAAAAUUUGAUGUUCUUUCUGUGUAGAAUGAAAUAAUAUAUGCUGUUUCUGAAAAGCUGGAUAAUAUGGAAGAGCUCAUGUUCAUGUAUACAUAGUACCCUGUAAUCCUAUCACCCAGAGACAAUAUGUUAACAUUUGAGUUAUACUUAUUUUUCUAUACAUUUAUACAUGUAUAUUUUCAAAAAUGCAGUCAUACUAUACAUUGUUUCAUAGUGUGUUCUAUAUAUGGUAAACAUUUU